CAAUGGAUCUUAUUUGAUUGGUAAAACAGAAGGGGUCAGUCAUUUUCUCCAAGUUGCAAAGUCUAAUACCUCUUGCUUUCUUAAACUUUGGGAGAUGACGAAUACCCUGGCUUUGUUCUUUUAAAGUAAUAUAAAAAAUAUGCCAUUAAAAACAAAACGAAAACACCUCAACUUUGUUUAAAUAUGAAUUUAAACCUUGCUUGGAAUAAAAACAAAUAACAAACUCUCACUGUAAGGAAAAGGGUGUCGCAUUGUACCCGUACGCAGUGAUAUAUCACUGGGGAAACCUGCUUCAAUAAUUUCCUUAACUUUGAAAUCCAUUUAUAGCACAACAGAUAUUCAUCAAACGUUAUCGCUCCAUCCUCGUGGGAGACAGCAGCGCCGCAGCGGAGGUACUUUCAAGCGCGGAGCCGGUUCCGAUUGCCCAGCAAAUACAGCGGAAAUUGGGGGAACAAGACAAAACAAAAGCUGUACACGAUCACUGGUCCUAUCAUACACAUCGCCCGUGUCGAGUGAGAUAAACCGGAAAAAUAAACGGGGAGCGAGACAUUGAGCCUGCUGUAUGAGCGGCUGAUCAGCGCUCUUAAAAACCUGGAAAGGUUUUGAAUUGGAAGCCUCUUCUGAUUGGGGUUAGUGCAACUGCGUGGAUGCAUCAUUGCGAGUUCAGACUGAAGCCAGCGCUGGUUGGCACGGCACUGCAGUUUGGAGAUCGCCUGGAUUGUAUACCGUAUAUUUCUUGUUUACCUUGCAGUGUUACUUGGUAGAGUCACUGACGCGCUAGAUCAUUUAAGGACUGCUGCUGAUUGUAAUGUUUGUUUGUUGAUCGCUCUCUUGUUUUGCGUUACAUUGGAAGGUUUUGAAUGGAAAACGCACUUGCCUGGUUAUUUUUGGAUAGUCAGUGGCUUCUUAAAACUCAAUGGAUCUGAAUUUGGAUUGUUUGGAUGGUUCAGGAUUGUCACACUUCUGAUUCCCUCUGGGAGCUACACGACUUUAAAUAAAGAUACCUUUAUUAAACACGACAAAACAACAAGGGAAACGCUACGCAAUGAUGCUUGCAAGUUUCUACUUCGUGUUGCCUCUGUUGGAUGUAGUUUUGUCGGCAGACGUGAAUGUGGUGUCAGGUUCUAACCGACUGGACUGCGUUAAAGCGAGCGAGCAGUGCCUGAAGGAACACAGCUGCAGCACCAAGUACCGCACGCUGAGGCAGUGCGUGGCGGGCAAAGAGAGCAAUUUCAGCAUGGCGUAUUCGGGACAGGAGGCGAAGGACGAGUGCAGGAUUGCCAUGGAUGCCCUCAAGCAGAGCCCCUUGUUCAACUGCAGAUGUAAAAGGGCUAUGAAGAAAGAAAAGAACUGCCUGCGCAUAUACUGGAGCAUUUACCAAAGUUUACAGGGAAAUGAUUUGCUGGAGGAAUCUCCGUAUGAAGCAGUGAACAACAGACUUUCUGACAUAUUCCGACUUGCUCCCAUCGUUUCAGGAGAGCCUGCAGUCACAAGAGAGAACAACUGCUUGAAUGCCGCUAAAGCCUGCAACCUGAACGACACCUGCAAAAAAUACAGAUCGGCGUAUAUAAGCCCGUGCACCUCUCGCGUCUCCAUUGCCGAAGUCUGCAACAAGCGCAAGUGCCACAAGGCCCUUCGGCAGUUUUUCGACAAAGUGCCUCCCAAACACAGCUAUGGGAUGCUCUUCUGCUCCUGCCCUCUGGUCGAUCAAUUAGCCUGCACAGAGAGACGGCGGCAGACCAUUGUUCCGGUGUGUUCGUAUGAGGACAAGGAAAAACCAAACUGCUUGUCUUUGCAAGUGUCGUGCAAGACGAAUUACAUCUGCAGGUCUCGGCUUGCAGAUUUCUUCUCAAGCUGUCAGCCUGAGCCUCGCUCCGUGAGUGGCUGCCUAAAGGAAAACUACGCAGACUGCCUGCUCGCCUACUCAGGGCUUAUUGGCACAGUCAUGACUCCAAACUACCUGAAAUCCAGCAGCAUCAGCGUUUCCCCGUGGUGUGAUUGCAGUGCCAGCGGGAACAACAAGGAAGAGUGUGACAAGUUUGUGAACUUCUUCAAGGAUAACGCAUGCCUUAGGCAUUCAAUUCAGGCAUUUGGGAACGGCACGGAUGUGAAUGUAUGGCAGCCCAGGCCUCCGGUGCACUCCACAGCUUCCACAAGCACUCCGUCCCACAAGGCACGAGAGAGAGCUCAAUCCCCUGUGGAUGAGCAGACCCACAUCAAUGAGAUCAGCACCGCUGAGGAAGCCAACCUCUAUCCGAUCUGUGCAAAUUUACAGGCUCAGAAAAUGAAGUCCAAUGUAACAGUGGAGGAGACAGCCCUGUGUGAGGUCGUCCGGAAUGGUGAAGCCAGUUCCUCGGAUCACGUCAUGUCAAAUAAUUCUUCCAGGGCGUCCACACCGUUCCAUUUGAGUUGCAUUAUGCUGAUUCUCAGUGCCAUGGUGCACUCAGCUGUCCUGGCUAUCGACUCAGCAGAAACAUUAUAACCAUACAUACAAAAAAAAAGAAAACAAAAGGACCUGUAAAAAACAAACAAAAAAACAAAAAAACAAAAAAACAAAAAAAACAUAAAAAAGCUAAGCGUAGUGUGUUCCCAGUCUCCUGUUGUAUUGUUUCCCGGAAUUCCGUUUCUAGAAGCUAUGUCGAGGCACCCUGAAGUGGUUUCAUUUUAACUGGUAUUUAGGGUCUAUGUGAACACUUGAUACAGGGCUGCAUUGCAAACCACAGUGUCUUGUGGGCAUGUGGUCUAUCAAAGGAUAUUGUUAGUGCUGUAACCGGGUUUAAAACUCAGAAUGGGAAGGAGGCAGCACUUUGUAUUGUUGAAAUCCUUGUUUGUGUUGCCUGUGUGUGAAACGGUUUUGUUUUUCGAAACUGGGUCGAGGAGAGAGAGAGCACAGCAGGGUCCCGUGGAGGUGUCACGCCGUGAAAUAACUCGACUGAAGAGGGGAGAGGAUUUCACAAGGCUUUUUAUUAAAGAAAAAAAAAAGAAAAGCGUUCUCCAACUAGUAAUGUUUAUGUAACGGGUCCUGCAUUCAUGCUGCUGACAAAAGGGUUUGUGUCUCACACCACUGUGAUGUGUUUUCUCAGUUUUAAUCCACACAUCAAGAAUUCAAUGUAUGCUGUGUUAAAAAUACUGAUUACAGUGCUUUAUUUUCUGAUUUACUUUCGAUUGACAAAAAGUACUAACUAAACUAACUAAAUGUGUGUACAUUUUUAGCAGUAUAUAUUUACUGUUAUCCCAACUGAAGCACUAACCAUUAUAUUGUAAAGUGACUGUAAUAACUCUGUAGUCAAUGUAUCACAGUUUAGCUAAACUGUUAUGAACAGUAACACAUGCCCUGAAAUUCUGUAAUAACUGCAACAGACAUUUUACAUUUAAUAAGGUUAAAACUGCCCUGAGGUGGGGGCAAUUGAAGACUUGAUAUAGUUGCUGGUAAUGUCUACAUAAAGUAAUAUAUAUGUACUGUACAACAGCUGAUUUCAAAGUAACUUCAUUAAAGUAUUUUUAAUGCAAUCAGUUAUAUAAACAUGUAUAAUGGCUGCUUCAAAUAAGCAUUAGCCUAAAUGAACAUGACCACGGAGUGCAGUGAGCCUGCAAUCUAACUGUUCUGUACAAAUGAACAUGACCACGGAGUGCAGUGAGCCUGCAAUCUAACUGUUCUGUAUAAAUGAACAUGACCACGGAGUGCAGUGAGACUGCAAUCUAACUGUUCUGUAUAAAUGAACAUGACCACAGAGUGCAGUGAGACUGCAAUCUAACUGUUCUGUAUAAAUGAACAUGACCACGGAGUGCAGUGAGACUGCAAUCUAACUGUUCUGUACAAAUGAACAUGACCACGGAGUGCAGUGAGACUGCAAUCUAACUGUUCUGUAUAAAUGAACAUGACCACGGAGUGCAGUGAGCCUGCAAUCUAACUGUUCUGUACAAAUGAACAUGACCACGGAGUGCAGUGAGCCUGCAAUCUCACUGUUCUGUACAAAUGAACAUGACCACGGAGUGCAGUGAGACUGCAAUCUAACUGUUCUGUACAAAUGAACAUGACCACGGAGUGCAGUGAGACUGCAAUCUAACUGUUCUGUAUAAAUGAACAUGACCACGGAGUGCAGUGAGCCUGCAAUCUAACUGUUCUGUACAAAUGAACAUGACCACGGAGUGCAGUGAGCCUGCAAUCUAACUGUUCUGUAUAAAUGAACAUGACCACGGAGUGCAGUGAGACUGCAAUCUAACUGUUCUGUAUAAAUGAACAUGACCACGGAGUGCAGUGAGACUGCAAUCUCACUGUUCUGUACAAAUGAACAUGACCACGGAGUGCAGUGAGCCUGCAAUCUAACUGUUCUGUAUAAAUGCAGACUGGAUCAUUGGGAAUUAAAAUACAAUUACAGCUUGUUGAUUGGGUUUGGGCCUAAAAGGUCCAUUUCAAACUUUUAAAAUUGGGUAUUUGAAUCCCAGCUGAACAUGGAAUAAAAUUCUUGUAUUUUG